AUGCAACAUGAUACUGCUCUGCGGGCCAUCACUACUCGGUUGAGUAUAACACCAGCCGAAGACCUUCCUCGAAUAUGCGGCUUCCUUGCGACCUCGUUGGCUCAAUGUCCUGUCGAAUUGCUUUCCUCAGACAGCAAAGGCAAUAGCUCUUCUGUGGUCGCCCACAAACUCAAGACUCGAAUCACCUCUUUGCUGCAGGACAAAUCUACCGCGAGCCGGCUCAGCGCUGCUGUGCUCAUCAAGGCAAUUGUUGACAAUGGUGGCUUGAAGGUUCUCUCGAACUGGGAUGUCUGGGCCAGAGGCUUGAUCAGCUGCUUGGGAAGACAUGAGCCACUGGAAGUGAAAAGAAUCCAUCUGGCUACUGUGACUCGGAUUUUUGUUCUCUCCCAGGAACAGCCAGUAUUGUUGCGGGAGGUAACAACGCCACUCCUUCCUGGUUUUAUCACAGCAUGUUUUGGCCUCAUCAAGCCAGCCACAGCUCAUGUUGACAAUAGUGUCAACCCCAUGCUUCAAUCGGUGCUUCAAUCCUGGAUCCAAUUGUUGCCGCAGCAUGCCACGGUCUUUCGCCCCUUCCUGAGCCGUAUCAAGCCGAUUUGCCUGAACCUGCUUGAAGACGCUCGGACUACGACUUCAACGAGGGAGCUCACCAUUCAGCUUCUUUGCUUGUUAUUGUCAUGCACACCGAAGAAUACAAUAGCUCAGGAAUGGUCCCAGACAGCCUCCAACCUCAUCGACAGCGCUCAGCAAGCUGCCAACGUGUUUUUCAGAUCCGUCAUCGAGGAAUACGAGGCUAAUGACAGGGCUCGUCAAAGCUCGGUGGGGAGGCAAGAUUUUUCCAAGGAGCCGAAGGCUUCUGGCUCUGAUCCGAUGGGGUUGGGUCAAUGGGUUGGCAUGUACGACGGUAGUACCAGGCUUGCAACGUUGCUUGCGUGGUUAGGAUGUCUAGUGUCAACGCCUACGACUCAAGUUAUUACAGUUCCUCUUGGCCCAAUACUUGACUUGCUUGGUCGUAUACUGGCAGUGACAGUACCUCGACGGGCGUCAAACACAACUGAUACCCUAAAGUACAACAAAGAAACGAGUCGAGAAGAGAAGGAAAGUCUUUGGCUGAAUCUUCCUCGCCUUCAUGUGUCAUGUCUUCGUCUGAUCCAGAAAUUAUGUGAGACCUACGGACAGGCUUUUCUUUCGGUGCAUGAGUCUAUGGUCAACCAAGUUGUGGAAUCAUUUGUGGCCAUGGCAGGUGACGAUAUAGUGAGGCGAGAGGUCUACGUCACCUUCAGUUGUCUCUUGAGCAGGCUGAAAACUACCGGUCUGGUGUUACGUGAGACCACCUUCUCAACCCUACUUGAGCACUGUUGCAAGGACCUGCAACGCGCUAUUCCCGGCUCAGAUGAUCGCGGCAACCAAAAUCCCUCAAAGGAUGGAUUUUUGAGUGCUAAAUCUACUUUGUCGGUGGCUGGGAGUCUUCGCUCACUUGAAAGGCAGCCCGCAGUAUAUCAAGCGGCUUGGAACUUACUACCAGCAAUCUUGACCCAUUGUCCGAUGAUAUCACGCCAAGCCAGAAUAGAAGCCGACAGACUGUCCGUGUUGCUCAAUCAUCACGAUGCCAUGAUGGCAAGUGUUAUGCGUCCAAUGCUGUCUAAAGACGGAAAGUCGAGGGCUCCCAGUCUACUUCCGUUCCUCGCCAGGAGUGCAGCAGCUUGUCUCGAAACCGAGGCUCUUCUCAGACCUCGAAUGCCCGUUAUACAAAUUAACGAGCGCCCCGCCCAGGAACCUCGCGAUCCACCAGUCCACCUUGAUGUCCAGGAGACAGCAGGCAUAGCUGGCGAGGACAGCCAAGUUUCAGUUACCUCUGAGGGGACUGCCGAACCCUUGGAGGCUGGCGUCAAACAACAGCCUACCAUCGGUCCCGAGGAACAGGAGGGGGGGUUACAGACAUUGACGGCGAGGAAGCGGAAACUUCAGAGCGUUCAAGAUGGCGGUUUUCAGGCAGAUACUCCGAUGGUAUUCGAGCCCCGCGAAUCGUUGGAGUCGAGACUAUCCAAGGUGCCACGGUUAGAGGAUGAAAGUAUGGAAGAGGUCAGUGCAGUCGAGGACCCUCUGCCAAAACCUUUAGUUGCCACAAGGUUUGAGAUAGAAGAACGGUCGUCCAACUCGGGAGUCCAGCCUGCCGGGGCAGUCUCCAACAUGGUUUCUUCCGAGACCAAUGGAAACCCCGACAGUGAUAGCAGUGACUCCGAGAUUCCGACAAUUGACCCGGACUUGGACACGGAUGAGGAGGAUCUUUAG